GACGCCGCCCGGCGCGCCGCACACGAGGUCGAGGCGGCGCAGCGGACAGCCAGGCGGCGACAACACAGCGCAGCCAUGCGGCUCUUCGGCUACUGCUCCUCGGUGAGCCACUGGUGCGGCUUCUCGCUGCGCAACGCCUCCAUCUACAUCGCGGAGAUGAGCACGCUCUUCUCGUUCGGCACGCUGAUGAUCACGUUCGCGUCCCUCGGCCGCACCACCAACCACCACUUCGUCUACGACUACAAAGCGAUAGUCCUGGCACACUGCGUGCCGUUGGUGCUCGGCUCCUUCCAGUUCCUGUGCAGCUUGCUGCUGGCGUACGGGGUCCUCGCGAAUUGUAUCUUGUUGCAGGAAAAGUAUAGAUGUGUGAUGCUGUGGGUGAUCUACAUGACAGCCCAGACAAUAAUGAUCUUCAUGCUAACUAUUGCCUUAUCAAUCUACGCCACAUUAGAGUUCAUGUUUGAUAUCCUUACUUGGGGAUAUUUAAUAUUCUUCAUCGGAACUAUUUAUUGCCUUGUUUGCCGUUAUUUCAUCAUUGUUGUCUACAGUUACUACAAAGAUCUAAAGAAUUCAACUCCUCAAAUGCAACUUCAAGCUACAGUUCUCAACAAUGAUGUGAUUCAUCUAAGUUAGUAUUUUAGAAGGAGAAAAAAAAUUAUUUCUUGUCUUGAAGAUCUCUUGCAUGUGCAUUAAUAAAAUUUGUUUUUGAAUAAUACAAUAUUUAAUGUUUCAUGUUUAAUUAAAUAACACAUCAUUAAUUUUCUUGUAAAUUUUUAAUAAAAGAUGCAUUUCAAAAAAAAUGCUGUUUAUUUCAUUUUAAAAAUUACAAAUGUGUUCAAAUGUGG